GGCUCGGCCGGCUGCUCAUGCGCGGGCAGGUGGAGGGGGCAAGAUGGCUGCCGAGGAAGGUGUGCGGGUCGCCGAGACCCGACCGAGCACUGGGCUGGGCAAACUGAUGCGGGCCCUCACGCUGCUGCUCUGGUUUGCGGCCCGCGGGAACGCACUGUACUUCCACAUCGGGGAGACGGAGAAGAAGUGCUUUAUCGAGGAGAUUCCGGACGAAACCAUGGUCAUAGGGAACUACCGGACGCAGCUAUACGACAAGCAACGCGAGGAGUAUCAGCCGGCCACCCCGGGUCUCGGCAUGUUCGUGGAGGUGAAGGACCCCGAGGACAAGGUUAUCCUGGCACGGCAGUAUGGCUCUGAGGGCCGGUUCACCUUCACCUCUCACACCCCUGGUGAGCACCAGAUCUGUCUUCACUCCAAUUCCACCAAGUUCUCCCUCUUUGCUGGAGGCAUGCUGAGAGUUCACCUAGACAUCCAGGUGGGAGAACAUGCCAACGACUAUGCAGAAAUUGCUGCUAAAGACAAGCUGAGUGAGUUACAGUUACGAGUGCGACAGCUGGUGGAACAAGUAGAACAGAUCCAAAAAGAACAGAACUAUCAGCGGUGGAGAGAAGAGCGCUUCCGGCAAACCAGUGAGAGCACAAACCAGCGGGUCCUGUGGUGGUCCAUUCUGCAGACCCUCAUCCUCGUGGCCAUUGGUGUCUGGCAGAUGCGGCACCUCAAGAGCUUCUUUGAAGCCAAGAAGCUGGUGUAGCUGUCCCAGGCCUCACAGAUCAUCUUCCUUCCCAGGCUUGGGAGAAAAAGGACCUCCUGGAACUGAUUCUUCUCUGGCAGGAGGACUGAUUCUCAGCCAUAGACGAUCUGAUGGGGAGAGGGGCUUCAAGGACCCCCCCCCCUACACACACACAAGCUGAGAGCAGUGGCUGAACAGGUGGGGGAGGGGCAAGCACCAGCCCUCUCCUUCCCCUGCCCUCUGAAGCUUUUGCAGUAAUCUCUUGAUUUGGUGACACCACUAGGAGCCCCAUUGGCACCUUAGAGUCUCACUGUUACUGAUUAGGGGAUAUAAGGCUGCCGGCCAUCUGGGGUGGAUGUUGGGGGGGAGUGGGUGGGUGAGCAAACCAAAAUUUUUUUCUGUCUUCCUUUGCUAAUAUGGGAUUUCAAGCAGGGUGGCAUGUGGCUGUGGUUCCUUGCAGCCCUAGGAACCUCGCGAUUCUCUCCUUUGACCCAGACCCUGCCUGCUGAUCCAGAGUAUGUGUGUCAGGUAAGGGGAGGGUGGAGGGGGUUGCAGUGCAGGGAAGGGGCCCCAAGGUUGACCCUGGUUUCUGGGGCUUGAGGAACUGGGGUCAGGCCAAACAGAGGCCGUGGUGCUGGCUGGGGAUGGGGCCUGCAGUCUUAGUUACUGAUUUCAUUUUCAAUGAGUCUAAGUUUGUUACAUUGGUUUCCCAAUUAAAAAGAAAAAACUGAUUUGUC